AUGCAUCCGAUUCUUUUUUGGGGCCCGCCGUUGGCAAACAUUUGCGCAUGUCUUCCUGAUGAAGAUCUCAGAAGCCUGGCCGCGACGAGCCGUAAGAUGCGCAGAAUGAUCAAGAAGAUCAUGUCACAAUCGCGAACGUGUAGGCCUGAUGGGCGCCCACCGCCAUUCCGCCAGGCCCUGAUAGUCCACCCGAAGCAGUCCAACGCCGCAAAACGCAUUCGAUACAAGCAGUACUCGAUCGAGAAAAAAGCUGCGCGCGCGACCGAUGCAUGGUUGCUGGAGCUACUUUGCUUGAGGAUGCCUGACGACAUCAUGGAGAACAAUCUUCUCCCUGCCCUCAUCCGUUCUUUUGAACGACGCGAGGUUAUCAUUGAAACAGCCACCCAGCGCAUCUGGCUCUACAAGGACAUCAGACAGCACGAUUUCACAAAUGAGGACAUGUCACACGGCGCCACGAGCUCGAUCACUCCUCUCCUCCGGUCUGUGACUCAGAGCCGCAUCCUCGCCAAGUUCAUUGCGGCUAGCAAGGAACCCAGCCUCGCCGCGAAACUACGAGCAAAGCAGAUCUCUGUCCGUGACUCUCUCCUCCCGGCCUUCGGAAAGGCGCUCAUGAGCUACGGCAACAUCUCGAGUCCAGCAACUUUCCCAUCCACUCGCUACCCACAGUCCUCCCUCAUACCACUUGCUUUGAAGGACUACAACAACAUCAUCGGAAACCUCGAACUGACAUUCGCCAUCAAUCACACUGUCUCGAAGGCCCUGUACUACUACCCGACUCAACUCCACGACUGCCAAAAGGGAGCCAAAUCCAUCCUCAAAUCUUUCCCGACGUUGAAGAACCUCCGCAUCAAAGUCACGGAGAUUCAAAAGACCCCUGUCGAGGGGCCUACUCAAUUUCUCGUCCAACGACCCUCCAUACAGAAAUACCACCUCGUUUAUGUCGAAGGCGCCUUUUCGCAGGAUGAGACAAUCAUAUUCGAGGCGCUGAUGCAGACCUUGGCUGCGAGCUUGGUGGAGAUCGGAGGACUGCGUCAGACAAGUGUGUUGGCGGUAGAGAAAAUGAUAGGUGACCCGACGAAGGAGACGCUCUGGGUAAAUGGUGUUUUGCAGUCUUAA